AUGGUAUAUAUUUCAUGGCGGAGUAUUCGUCACGUGAUCAAAUGUGCACAAACAGCUUCUCAAGCGAUCGCAUACUUUGACUUCGAUCACUUGAAUAGAAUGAGACUGAAUAUGGCAAGGACGAUAGAAAAUACCAGCAAUAUCGACUGUCUAUAUCAGGAAGCUCCAUUGGGUGCUAUCAAAGAGAUUCUUCUUGCUUUGCAAAUUGAUGGAAAUGAGCAGCGAACACGCUUGAUGUUGAAUAUAGCUAAUGAGUGGUUAUUAUCACGGACAGAACGUCAUUCUCAUGCUGAAUGUGUUUAUGCACUUAUACCUUUUCGGUUACUGUCAAUUGACGAGUUGAUCGAGCUGUCCCGAAUUGCCGAUGACCGUCUACCUCAAGCACUGCAUGAACCACUUCUGCGUCAACUCAAAGAAAGCGCCUACCGGAAGCAUGUUGGCUAUGAAAUAGGUUUUUUGGAACACGUCAAGAAACCGGAACACACUGCACGAUCACCAAUGAGCAACAGAUCACAAACAGUACUGGAGACAGCGCAAUCCUCAGCAGAUAUAUUUGAUGAGGUUCUGUGGCCAUCUAUAGAACAUUCACAACCGAAAUGCAGUACUCCGAUAGUCUCCAAGCAAGGAGGAAGCCAAUGCUCUCGGGCAGCAGCAGCAACAGCAGCAGCAGCAGCAACAGCAGCAGAGACAGCAGAGACGAACACUCCUCAACAUUACCGGUCAAGCGUUACACUUGUGGAUUCACAUAACUGUGGCAACGUGGCAAAACAGAAAUCCGAUUGCACGCAACCUGAAGGCUUCAGUUUGAGCAAAGCACCUAGCGCUUUUGUUCUUGACACUCUUCUAAGUGCUAGCAACUCUUCAAAGUGUCCAUCUGGACCGACCAAGAAGCCAGAAGAUUCUGCGAUUGACACUCAAGAACAACCGCUACGAGCGAUUUCUGGACGUAGCACAACUGCUAUUGCAAUGAACGAUUCAAACGUACACCCUACUGGCUUCUCAUGUGCAUGCCAAUUCAACCAACGAAUACCACUAGAUUUGAGUGCAGGCCGACUAACCAGUGGACGAGACGGCUUCGAAGUAGGCUUGGAGAAGCCGAAUAGACCUCUCCAAUCGAUCAAAUCAUUCAAAAAUCCCCUCUCAUUGAUGCAGUAUGUUCGACUCCCACCGACGCGCGAGACACGAGACACAGCGUUAAGCGAACUUGGCACUGGCGUUCCUAUCGGAUUACCUGUAUCAAGCGCUAAUCACAUUCACUUAUCCUCACCUCGCAACCAACAAGAACAGAAAGACCAAUCACUAUCUGUCACUGUCAGAAGUCACUCGCAAGCUGCUAGUUGGUUGUCAAGCGAUCUUGAUCAUCAAGUUUAUCUGACGAACAAUAACAACUGUUGUUAUGAAGUUCGAGAAAAUAUUCUUUUGAAGAGUGAACUGCUGAAAGAUAACCGUGAAAGAUGUGAAAGUAAGGCGCCGAGAACUGCACAAGAAGAUAGCACUACGGUUGAAAACAGUAAUGAUCAUAAAAGAUGCACAAAUGAAGAGCACACUUUGCGAAAUUUGAUGUUUAGCAAUGACUGUGAAAAAAAUUUGCCUCAGAAAGGUCUUACUGAAAAUGGAGCAUCCACUGAAUUAACAACAAAUCAGUCAGGAAGAAGUGUUCAUUCUGUGUUCGAAGGAAGCGAUUCCAUAUUGAAAGCAGUCAAUUCCGGGUGGGGUUCGUUUAGCGAUUGGAACGUUUCUGAGAAAACUAUACCGAGUUCGAUAUCGAGCUAG